AUGGCUACUGGGAAGACUUUCCUAACUAUCUUUUAUCUACUUCUAUACAGCUGUUUCUGCACAGCUGAAAUUCAAAUCUCACAAGUCAGUCAAGUGGAGAAGGGCAUAACAUUGUCUAAAGAUUUUCUCAAAGGAAUUAAUGAUGUGGCUGAAUUUGUUUCAAAAAAAGUGGAAGAUACAGCUCGUACCUCACUCCUCAAAGUCCUCAAAGUCUUUGAUUCUCUUGGCAAAGUUGCAGCAAGUUUUGGCUUCAUCGGGUCAUUAAUUAGCUUCAUCUUUGCAUUCAUUCCUCAAUCAAAUCCAAUGUUUGAGUUCAUGAAGGAACAAUUUGCUGAGGUCAAUCGCAAACUUGACUCUAUGUCUCUUCAAAUUUCCACUCUGCAGACAGAAAUGGAAUGGACAAACUAUGCAAGCACCUACGGCAAAGAUGAGAAUGUGAUCAAGAACUCCUGGGCCAAGCUAACAGAAUUCAUAGAGACCGCGCCUUUUGCCUCCACACAAGAGCAGAAGACCAGGCUGGCUGAGAGGUUCACCACUUUCUAUGAAAACACUGGCACAGAGAACAGUGUUGCUAAUUUAUACAGAUACAUCACUGAGAACAAUCCUGUCAGCUUGAAUAAGAACCUCCUACAGCUCAUCAUUGAGAAAUCAAAUGGUGAUUUUAAUGUUCUGCUGCAAUACUCCACCUACUUCACCACUCUAAUGGUUUCAGGACUAAAAUUAAAUGUGUUUUAUUACAAACUAAAGGGCUAUGAUAGUGAAGUUAAGGCAAAAGAAGCAGUCACGCAACUCUCUAAUGCUUUAUCAGCCAUACAGGAUGCUUUGAUUAAGUGUGCUGAAGACUUUGAGAAAUGGGCUCGCAAGGAUGCUGUAAAACUUAGCAGCCAACCAUUCUCAGAUAGUGAAAAGCUAGCUUCAGAUAUUAAGCAUCUUUUGCAGAGUAAGUUUCACUGGUUCAAAUGGGUAGUAAUUGCCCACUCAAACGAUGCUAAAAAUGAGUUUACCUUUGGACGGUCAAUUAACAUGAAUGUUCAAGAAAAGACAUCAGUUCACAUAAUUCACCAAGAAAAGGGCCGAGCUGUUGAUCAAAACAUUAGAGACAAUCUUAAAUCCAGUAUGCAAAAAGAAUUAGUAAAUCUGAUCAUCACUAAUCAGUGUGCAACAAUGAAGGAUGAGCUGCUCAACAAGUUUGGUGCUAAAGUUACCAGCCACAUACAAUUUCUUCAUGCUCUUACAAAACCAUCAGAUUAUGCACAGACAGAUGUACCGGAUAUUAAGCUGAAUUGUCAGUUUAAUGGAUACUCUAUUUACUUUCCCAGAGACUUUAAUAUCUUCCUCAGAAAGAAUAUUGUGGUAAAGCCUUCCUGCUCAGAUGUGAAUUGUAACCGUGGAGAAUGUAAAUCCAUCAAGGACACCUCACAAGUAUUCUGCAAGUGCCAAAAGAUGUUCUAUGGUCCAGCUUGUGAGGAAAGCAUUCAAAAUAUGAUCGACUAUGCAGCUCUUGAAGGUGAAAUCAAUGGAAUGAUCUAUAAACCAGUCCCUGAUCUGACAACAAUUUAUUUUAGUAUCUGGCAGCUGAAAGAGUACACACAAGAAAUAGUUGGGUCUGUCCGACAUGAAAUCCAGUGGACACAAAUCCUUGUGAAAUACAACGAAAUGAUUCAGAAGUUUCGCUACAUCAAUACAUUACACUCACAACUUGAAAACAGUACAAUAACCCAACGCUACUUUGUUUCUGAGGUUGGAGAUCAGUUCACAGGGGGACGAUCAUUUCAAUUUUAUCUCACAGAAUUUAACCAUAUGAUGAUGGGCACUGGAUUUGGAGACAAAUACAACAUUCUGGAUAUGUUUCGCAAGUCACUGGUCCAGGACUCUCAAAGACGGUCUGGUCAGCCUGUUGAGUGCACGAAGUACUACAGUGACCAGAUUGAUUAUUUUAUACGUUACAUGUUUGCUCUUGUAAAGGAAUCUGUUUUAGCUUGGUCAAAAUAUUUACUAGUCACUGGCAAAUCAGAGAACAUUGAUUUUGUUGAGAAGGUUUUUCUACGCUAUAUCUCACAGCAGUGGAGACUCUUCAAUAAAAAUGGAUGUGGCCCUCUAAAGGCUGUGGAUCUUCAGAACAACCACUGCGAGAAGCUAUACCACAGCACAGCCAAGCAGCAGGUGAGAAUUAAAUGUGGUGGAUUAUUCAAGCCAUUCCCAGAUAUUGUCGAGUGUUCUGGAGGGCAGUGGAGCGCCUUGCCUGUCUGCUACACUGAGCAGGUAAAUGGGAAAGUUGCAUGCAAAUCUGAAGGUGGUGUCACAGUCUGCAAGGCCUCAUGUUUGCCUGGCUGGGGCUCCGCCACACACCCUCUGCCUGAAGAGUAUAAAUGCUUACAACCGCCCUGUCCAUCCUUUAUACCACACAAAUGUAACAACUGCACAAAAAACAACGUUUGUAAGGACGAUGAGGUUUGCACUGGGACCUUUGGCACAUGCCAUGAAACAUGCCUAGUGAAACCCUGUGGAGUGAACGCCAAGUGCUCCUCCUCCAAUCAUGACAGGAGCUGCAGCUGUGUGAACCCGUGGAAGGGAGACCCAAAUAAGGGCUGCAGAAGUCAGGACCUCCAGUGGGUUCAGACCGGAGGAGUGCCCAACAAUGCUGUUCGUUCUAAUGCCCAACUUGCGGUGUGCAAAGCCAUUGGACCUGACGGCGGGUGGCACAGUGGAUUUGUAAAGGGUCAGCGCUGCAACUAUGAAUAUGAUUGGAAAGCACUUCAGGCCAACAGCUACGAGGUUCUGGUUGAUCCGUGUGGAGGACGUGGUUGGAAAUGGAUGAAGGGGGAACAAUGGAACAUGGUCUCAUAUGACAAAUCAAAGAGGUUUCCUGGAGUCAAAUACUAUGUGUGCAGUGCAACUGGUGAUGGCCUUGUAGGGAAGCUUUUCAACACACGAAAAGGCUUUCUGUGCCAUAUUGCCAGGUACAGAAAUACCAGGGAUGGAAGUUUCUAUGCUCUGGUUCCACAACCAUGUAUCUGAAGACACUUCACCAUGAUUCACUGGUCACUGCUUAAGUUUCUCUAGUUUAUUUUGCAAGCUUUGCAUUUGUAGAGGUGCUGUAUUCAUCUUUUGAAAGCUCAAUGCUAAUGUCCUUUCCUGCCAUCAUGAAGUAAUAUUUAUCAGUGGGCACAUUCCAAUGAUAAAUAAAUGUGGCAAAACUUUACAGUAAAGUGUAAAUUGUUAACAUCACUUAAUGUGUUAACUAAAAUGAACAAACAAUGAACAGAACAUUUACUAAGGUUUUUAUUAAUCUCUGAAAAGUUAGUUAAUAAAAAUACUGUUAUUCAUUUUUAAAAUGCUUUAAAUGCUCUAGAGGUAUUGUUCAUUCUUAGUUCAUGUCAACUAAAGUAAUUAACUGAUGUUAAUAAAUGAAACCUUUGUGCAAAAUGUUACCAUAAAUGCUUCAAUGAAUGUUAUUAAAUUCACAUUUAUUUCUUGCUUCAGUGUUAUGGCCGAAAAUAAUGGUUGUGGCUUAAAUAUUUUGUUGAUGACACUGCACACUGUACUGUAUUUUAUGGACUGUAAUAUUGCAAUAAUUGAUGAUUCAAUAUUAUCCAUAACAUUUAUAUUAUUUUUAAAAUGUUUUACUCUAGGUGCAACAGACUAUACAUCUAUCCUUCACAGCCUUGUUUUUGUUUACAUUAAAAAAUAAAAUAUGGCA